GAUGCCCUGCUGGUCAUUCUCAAGAGCCUGAUGCCAGCGUGUCUCUUCAACGUCAUUGGGUUUGGAUCCACCUUCAAGACCCUCUUUCCUGCCAGUCAGACUUACUGCGAGGAGAGCCUGGCCAUCGCCUGCGAGAGCAUCAAGAGGAUCCGGGCCGAUAUGGGUGGCACCAACAUCUUGUCGCCUUUGAAGUGGGUCAUUCGGCAGCCCAUCCACAGGGGCCAUCCCCGACUGCUCUUUCUGCUGACGGACGGGGCCGUCAGCAACACGGGGAAGGUCCUGGAGCUGUUGCGAAACCACUCCUGCUCCACCAGGUGCUACAGCUUCGGCAUUGGACCAAACGCCUGCAGGAGACUGGUUCGGGGGCUGGCUGCCGUGUCCAGGGGCAUCGCCGAGUUCCUGGCGGAGGGCGAGAGGCUGCAGCCCAAGAUGAUCAAGUCGCUGAAGAAGGCGAUGGCGCCGGUCCUGAGUGACGUGUCCGUGGAGUGGGUCUUUCCUGAGAGCACUGAGGUCUUGGUUUCCCCCGUCAGCACCAGUUGCCUCUUCCCUGGUGACCGCCUGGUUGGCUACGGCGUCAUCUGCGACACCUCCCCGUACAUCUCCAACCCCAGAUCUGACAAGAGGCGACGUUACAGCAUGAUGCGUUCCCAGGAGUCGGGCAGCUCUGUUUUCUUUCACUCCCAGGAGGAGGCAGCAGGCGUGGAGAGCUGGAACCACUCCAGAGACUCGGAGGGCUGCUGCCCCGCCGAGCAUGCCCCCGGUCACCUGGUGGUGGGCAGAGAUCCCGGGGGAGAAUCCGACACGGACACCGGAACGGACGUGAAGCCUUCCUCCAGGAGACGGGCGUACAGCACCACCCAAAUCGCCGACCACGAGCCUUGCAAGAAGGUGCCCACGGCCAGUGAUCCCGGCACCGCCCUGGUGAAAAACCCCCUUCGGAAAACCCACUUGCAGGACCUGCAGCAGGUCAGCCCCGAGCCCUGGCAGGUGGAUUUCCAGCCCUUCGCAGCCAGCCCGCAUGUCUCUGCCACGAGGAUCCGCGGCGCGGGCGCCCGGCGGCCGUCCCUGCUCCACCAGAGCUGCCUGUCCUUCUGCCACGACUCCCCGCCAGUGCCGGACGGGCUGCAGCAGGCGGCUCCGGGAAGGGGCUUGGGACCGCUCAAUGCCAGCACGAGCCUGAGGUCUUCAUCGGACAGCCGGAGCCCCGGGGAUCUGGAGUCUGCCCAGCAUCCUUCCUUCACGUUUGAAACGGAGACCUCCUCCGACUGGGAGCCCCAGGACUUCGACUUCAGCGCUGCCCACGGCUCCCCGCACUCCCCCAGGACCCUCUGCAAGGCGGUGGUGAAGGGGCUAAGGAGCAACGAGCCCGUGCAGUGGGAAGUCGCCUUUGAUAUCCGCCCUCUCUUCCAAGAGCGGGAGAGCCAGGCAGACGGCGACACAGACCUGUGGAGCGAGACUUUCCACCACCUGGCAGCCAAGUCGGUCAUCCGGGACUUCGAGCAGCUUGCCGAGAAGGAGUGUGAAAUCGAGCACGGGUCUGGGCGGCGGUACCAGGUCAAUGCUGUCCACACCAGCAAGGCCUGCAACGUCAUCAGCAAGUACACGGCGUUCAUGCCGGUGGACCUGAGCACCAACGCCUACCUGCCCGCUGUCGUCGAGUACACCCACACGGAUGCAGAGGAGAGCAGCCUGUCGCCCUGCAGCACCCAUUCCUCCUCUGGCUGCGGUCUCCCCGAAGGGCCGUUACAGAGCCUGUCUGCUUCCUCUGCACAAGCCCAAAAAUCCAUUGAGAGCCUCUUUGCUGCUAGGCUGACCUUCAAUAAAACCAGGCUGCUGACUCGAGCCGCCAAAGGAUUCAUGAGUAAAUCUCCAAGCAGAGUGAGCGAAGCCAGCUCCGAGGGCGACAAUGAGAACAUAGACUACCUUCCCCUGGCGUCUCUGCAGCUGGCCUGCGGUGCCUUUCUCAUGAACUCGGCCUUCUGCGACGCCGUCAACAUCCCCAUGGAGAAGCUGAAGUGGACAUCUCCCUUUGCCUGCCACCGCCUGGCCCUCAGCCCCUCCAGCUCCUACAGCACCAAGAAGGCCAAUCCCUCCGGGGACCACAAAAGCCUCGGCUCCGGCCGGCAGCUCCUGGUUCCCGAUGGCGUGCACGGGAAGAGUCCCACCACCAGAGACGUCGCUCUUGGUGCUGUGCCGGAGAGACCCAGCAGCCACGCGGAAGACACUGGCCACCUUCGCCACUUCUCAGGCAGCGCAGUGGAAAGCAUCUCCAAAGCCCUGAAAGCCGAGAAGGAACUCUCUCCGCCGGCCAUCACCAUCCGCCGCUUCUCCUCCCCGGAGAGUACGCUGGCCUCAGCCGAGUGGCAAGCCAACAGCGGCCAGGGCUCGGAGACGGAUGGCUCCAAGCUGGUGGCUGCCAAGGCCAGCCUGUGGCUGAGCGAACAGGACUUCCCGGAGGGAUACAGCCUGGCCACGGUGAAAGCCGCAGCCCAGCAGCUCUUUGUCCUGCUCCGGCACUGGGAUGAAAACCUGGAGUUCAACCUGCUGUGCUACAACCCAAGCAGCGUGUAA